CCUACUUUUAAGAGCGGUGACAGGAGGAUGUAGAGGGAAGGGUUUUAAAAAAAGGACCAAAGCAGUACGCUUGGAUCAUUGAGCAUGCGCAGUAAAUUGGACGGUCACUGGGAAAGAGGAUUGGCCUACCGGCAAGUGUUGACAUCGACUGCGCAUGGGCAGUUGGGUUAGGAUUCGAUGGCGCAGCCGUAGCCUCCGUGUGGCGGGACCGUUGAAUUGGAAUACCAUCAGCUGAAUGGAACAUGAGGCGUUCUGCAGCUCCAAGUCAACUGCUGGGGAAUUCAGCCAAAAAACCAAGGUUUAUGCCUCCAGGGAAAGCCAAUUCGGUUUAUUUGAAGAAAGAGCCUGACAACUCAGACCUAGAAAUUAAAAUAACUAAGGUGGAUGAGAAACAACAGAAUGGCUCAUCAUCUGUAAACACGUCUACCAUUUGUGGCUCCAGUCCUACAAUAGCUGGGAAAUCUGAUAGAGGAGAUGGAGAAAAUGGGCAUUUGGGCACUGGAGUGAGAUCAGUAUAUAGAACUAAAACAGGCCCAGCAUGCAGAGAGGCAACGGAAGUUUCAAGGCAGCAAGAGGAGCCAAGCUGCCUCACGAAAUAUUUCAGUGCCGUGUGGUGUAAGAUCUCAAAGAAAAAACAUAAGAAGUGGGAAGGCGAUGCCGUUCUCAUUGUGAAGGGAAAAUCCACGAUACUGAAGGACAUGGAAGGCAAAGACAUUGGGAGAGGUACUGGAUACAAAGCCAAAGACCUGGAAAAUCUUGAUGAAGGUCAAACUCUCAAGAUUGGAGGCAAAGAAAUUGAAGUGCUGGGUGUCAUUCAGGAAGAGGAUUUCCAAAGUGGCAAAUGUUUUCAGUCUGGUGGGGAGAUUGUAGUAGAUACGUUGACUUUCUCGCAAUCCAUCGUGAAGUCAUUCUGUAAUCCCCUCAAAAAUGUCUGCAAAACCAGCACUCAAGGAAACAUGCUCAAAGGCUCCCAGAACUGUAAACCUCGUCAUGAUCCAUGUGCACCAAAUUGCUUAGUUAUGCCACGCCCAACCGUAAAUCACCAGAAGAUGUUCAAUAAAGUGGAUUUGCCUAUUGUGGACGUGGUCGUAGAUCCUCACAUUGUAAAUCAUCUUCGGCCGCACCAGCGAGAAGGAGUGAUAUUUCUUUAUGAAUGCGUGAUGGGAAUGAGAGUGAACGGUAGAUAUGGAGCUAUUCUUGCUGAUGAAAUGGGCCUAGGAAAAACGCUGCAGUGCAUUUCACUCACCUGGACUCUCCUGCGUCAGGGGCCGUAUGGAUGCAAGCCGGUAAUAAAACGAGUUCUGAUAGUCACUCCAGGGAGCCUGGUGAAGAACUGGGGGAAAGAAUUUCAAAAGUGGCUGGGAAAUGAAAGAAUCAAGGUGUUUUUGGUUGAUCAGGAUCACAAGGUGGAAGAGUUCAUCAGUUCUCCCCUUUAUCCAGUCCUGGUUAUUAGUUAUGAGAUGCUUCUACGCUCCUUGGACCAAAUUCAGAAGACGGAGUUCAGUCUCAUAAUCUGUGAUGAGGGGCACCGUCUGAAAAACACCUCCAUUAAGACCACCACUGCCAUUGCCAGCCUAUCUUGUGGAAGAAGAAUUAUUCUUACAGGUACUCCAAUACAAAAUGACCUGCAAGAAUUCUAUGCAUUAAUAGACUUCGUAAAUCCUGCAGUACUUGGUCCGUCGUCUGCAUACAGAAAAGUAUAUGAGGAACCUAUUAUCAGAUCACGAGAACCUUCGGCAACAAUGGAAGAAAUUGAACUAGGGGAGAGAAGGGCAGCAGAGCUCACCCGCUUGACUGGACUCUUUAUUCUCAGAAGAACCCAAGGGACUAUCGACAAAUUUCUCCCUCCUAAAGAGGAGAGCAUCCUUUUCUGCCGUCCAACAGCACUGCAGCUUGAGCUCUAUCGAAGGCUAAUACAUUCUCAGGUGGUCAGAUCUUACCUGCAAGGGAGUUUAGAGAACAGCCCACAAUUAAUAUGUAUUGGAGCCCUGAAAAAACUUUGCAACCAUCCCUGGCUUCUCUUCAAAACAAUAAAGGAGAAAGACUGUAACCCAAAUUGUGAUGAACAAGAAAAACUGAAUCUCUACGGGGGUCUGCUGGACAUUUUUUCUCAAGAAUAUACCCUGGCUUCUUUCUUGGAAACAGACUCAGGAAAAUUGCAGGUUCUGACACAGCUGCUGGCUGCCAUUCACAAACAAAGCCCUUCAGAAAGAGUCGUUGUGGUAUCUAAUUACACCCAGAUGCUAAAUGUGUUGCAAGAGGUUUGCAAACGUCAUGGCUAUUCCUACACAAGACUUGAUGGCAACACUCCCGUCUCCCAGCGACAACAAAUCGUUGAUGGUUUUAAUAGCAGAUUUUGUCCAGCAUUUGUCUUUCUACUGAGUUCAAAGGCAGGCGGUGUGGGCCUGAACCUCGUUGGAGCAUCCCACUUAAUUCUGUAUGAUAUUGACUGGAAUCCAGCCACUGAUAUUCAGGCAAUGGCCAGAGUUUGGAGAGAUGGACAGAGGCAUACAGUACAUAUCUACAGACUUCUGACUACAGGUACAAUUGAAGAGAAAAUCUAUCAGAGGCAGAUCAGCAAACAAGGUCUGUCUGGGGCUGUUGUAGACUUCUCCAAGGGAUCCGAACACAUCCGUUUUUCUGUUGAAGAACUUAGAAACCUCUUUAUACUGCAUGAGGAUUCCGAGUGUGUUACCCAUGAUCUGCUGGAAUGUAAAUGCAUGGGAAAGAAAGAUGAUCAAGGACUUUCAGAAGAGCUAUCUGUGCAGGAAGACGGCCAGCUUGGCCAAAGCAAUGGGAAACCCCACUCCCAGAAAACCCUGUCUAUGUCACAGCUGAUGCAGUGGAAACACUUGUCUGGGGAGCAGGAGAAUCUACCCGGUCCCUUCCUCAAAAGGAUGAAAGGAAAUAUCACAUUCAUUUUCCAAAAUGUGACCAAUUGA